CAGGUGUGCCCAGGUGUGCCCAGGUGUGCCCAGGUGUGCCCAGGCGGGGGCGGCUCGAGCGCUGUCGCCCCCUGGCGUUGCAGGUAGGGCCGGCCGAGGCAGGGCCCGCACCGCGCUCAGUGCUUGUCUUCCCCGGUUUUGUGUGAAAGUAAGGACAUGCCUCGUACAGCUCCUUUAAAUGCCGCUUCAGAGUAGGAAAUAAUCCAGUUUCAGAUUCAGCAGCUUCGUUUUGAAACGAACAAGUUCAUUGCUGGGAUGGCUCUGCCACCUCCAGAUCCCCAGUUUGUGCUCAGAGGUACCAGUGCUGCCAUCCACACUCUGCACUUCUCCUGUGGAGGCCAAGAACCCGAUCUCCCUGUUCUGUUCUCUGGCUCUGAGAACGGGCUCAUCCAUGUCUGGAACCUGAAAACACACAGAGUGGACACAGCACUGGAUGGCCAUGGACGAAAAUCUGUCUACUGUGUGGAGACAAUGGGUGGUAAAGACAGACUCCUCAGCCAGGGUCGGGACCAGAGGAUCUGCCUGUGGGAUUUAGCAGAGGGCCGGACCUCGGUGACGGACUCUGUCUGCACGGAGCACGUGGGAUUCUGCAGGUGCUCUCUGGUGCAGCUGGCACAGGGACGCUGGCUGAUGGCCACGGCAGCCAAAGGCCUGCAGGAGGUUCAGGUUUUGGAGCUGCCAUCCAAGACGUCAGUCUGUACCUUGAAGCCAGAGGUGGGUGCCAAGCUGGGCAUGCCCAUGUGUCUGAAGUUAUGGCAGCUCAGCUGUGGUUCCCAACCCUUGCUUCUGGCUGGCUAUGAAGAUGGAUCAGUGGUCCUCUGGAAUGUGACAAUGGGAAAAGCGUUGAGCCAACUCAUUUGCCACCAGGAGCCAGUGAUGAGCCUCGACUUUGACUCGGAGAGGACCAAGGGGAUCUCGGGCUCAUCUGAAAAGGUGCUUUGCAUCUGGAGCCUCAAUGAGCAACAGAACCUCCAGGCUUACAAAACACAUGAACUUGUCAACGCUGGCAUAUCUGACAUCACCAUCCGUCCAGACAAGAAGAUUUUAGCAACAGCAGGGUGGGAUCAUCGCAUCAGGAUCUUUGGCUGGAAAAAACUGAAGCCCUUAGCAGUGCUGGACUAUCACACAGCAACUGUCCACUGUGUGUCCUUCUCGGAGCACAGGGACCCCCGGGAGAGGCUGCUGGCAGCCGGCUCCAGGGACCAGCGCAUCAGCCUCUGGUCGCUGUACAGCCAGAGCUGACACUGCAGGGACGGGCAGCACUGCGGACACUGAACUCACACCUGCGUGGAGGGAGCUCGGAGCAUCUGUCUCCAGGCUGAAGAGAGUCCCAGGUUAAUUCCUAAUGCUGCCUGUUUAAGCUGCAAAUUUUGUUUUCCAGAGAAGGAUUUUUAAAAUCCAUAACAAGCAGAAAAAGGCCAGUCACAAACAAAGACACAGAACCAAGUUGCUUUGGGUUCUGCUACAGGUUUUGCAACAGCUUUUCUUUGGCAGGUUGCUGAAAUAACUUGUGCCAUUAUCUCUUGUGAAAAAGGACUGGAAUCCCUCAAACUGUGGUGGGGGCAGAAUACAUCUGUUUGUAAGCCAUUUAUGUAACCAAGAAUUUGAAUCAGUGCAAAAUAUCACUCUUUCUUGAAAAUUUAUACCCAUUAAACCACCUCCAGUGGUU